AGAAAAAGAAAAGACCGAACAAGACAUCUUAAUAGUGUCUGCUGCUUCUUCUUCUUCUUCCUUUCAUCGCUCACCAUUUUUCGAUUUUCAUCUUAUUAAUCAUCUUAACAAACCAGAACCUAAUCGAAAUAUCUUCUGGUAAAUCUACUACAAAGAAAAUAAGGAUCACGUUAUCUUAAAACUCAAGUUUUCAGUUUGUGAAUCCGAAUAAAUUCAUUUUCAUACAUUAUCAUCGGAUAUCGUGAAUGUAAAAACAUUUCGGAUCGUUAUCAAAAUCGAAGUCUAAGAGAGGCGAUUCAAUCAGUUUUUCAUUCAGAUUGUUUGUUUCUCAUAGUUUCGGUUAGGAUCUAGGAUUUAAGGCGUUUCUGGGAAUUUAAUAGGGUCUGGAUUUGCAUGGGUAGACGAUGCCAGAGCUGAGAAGUGGAGCUAGACAAGCUCGUUUAAGAUCCAAACGGCUUGAUGAUCCUCAGCCUUCUGCCCAACCAUUUGAUCAAGCUGAAGACUUAGUACCACCUGCUCACAACCGAGGAAGAAGAGGUGGUAGAGGAAGGGCCGCCAAUGCUGCUGGAGUAGGAAGAGGGGCUGCGACAAGACAAGCUGGUGCUGGUAGAGGAAGGGGCGCUAGGUUGACAGAUUUGAACCCGGAGCUUCCCCGUGUAGUUCUACCUGGACCUGUUAUUGGAGUUCCCGAAGAACCUGAUCUAAACCGAGUGGAGGGUGUUGGGGAUAGAGACCUAGUUAUGGAGGGGAGAAGUGCAGAAAAAUUGAUUGGUGUUGAAGAAGACCCAAGUACAGCUCCGGUUCCUGAAAGGGUCCAGGUAGGUAGCUCCCCUGUGUAUAAGGUAGAGAGGAAGCUGGGAAAAGGUGGUUUUGGCCAAGUCUAUGUUGGCAGGAGGAUGAAUGGUGGAAGUACAGAACGUACGGGACCAGAUGCAGUUGAGGUGGCACUGAAGUUUGAGCAUCGUAGUAGUAAAGGUUGCAGUUAUGGUCCUCCUUAUGAGUGGCAGGUCUAUAGCAAUCUCAAUGGGUGCUAUGGAAUUCCUUGGGUUCACCACAGAGGUCGUCAAGGAGAUUUCUACAUAUUGGUGAUGGACAUUCUGGGGCCCAGUCUGUGGGAUCUGUGGAAUUCACUUGGACAGACGAUGUCGCCAAAUAUGGUGGCCUGCAUCGCUGUUGAGGCAAUAUCAAUCCUUGAAAAGCUCCACUUGAAGGGAUUUGUCCAUGGAGAUGUGAAGCCAGAGAAUUUUCUUCUUGGUCAGCCUGGAACUGCUGAUGAAAAAAAGCUAUUUUUAAUCGACCUUGGUUUAGCGUCUAAGUGGAAGGAUACAUCAUCUGGCGAACAUGUUGACUAUGACCAGAGGCCAGACAUCUUCAGGGGCACAAUCAGAUAUGCCAGUGUUCAUGCGCAUUUGGGAAGAACAGGAAGCAGGAGAGAUGAUCUUGAAUCUCUUGCAUACACAUUGGUGUUUCUCAUCAAAGGAAGGUUACCAUGGCAGGGUUAUCAGGGAGACAAUAAGAGUUUUCUCGUUUCUAAAAAAAAGAUGGCUACUUCCUCGGAGUUGUUGUGUUGUUUUUGCCCUCCUCCAUUCAAACUGUUCCUUGAGAUUGUAACGAACAUGAAAUUUGAUGAGGAGCCAAACUACAUGAAGCUUAUUGCUCUAUUUGACAGCCUUAUAGAACCUUGCACACCUUUGAGGCCGAUUUGUAUUGAUGGAGCCCUGAAGGUUGGGCAGAAGCGAGGCAGGCUUCUUGUGAAUCUGGAAGAGGAUGAGCAACCUAGAAAGAAAGUUCGCUUAGGAAGUCCAGCUACACAAUGGAUAUCAGUUUAUAAUGCACGGCGGCCCAUGAAGCAAAGGUAUCACUAUAACGUUGCGGAUACAAGGCUCCGGCAACACGUAGAUAAGGGUAAUGAGGAUGGUUUGUAUAUCAGUUGCGUGGCGUCUCAGGCAAAUCUUUGGGCCCUUAUAAUGGAUGCAGGAACAGGAUUCAGUUCCCAAGUUUAUGAGUUGUCCGCUAUGUUCCUUCAUAAGGAUUGGAUAAUGGAACAGUGGGAAAAAAAUUACUACAUUAGCUCAAUAGCUGGUGCACUCAACGGGAGCUCCUUGGUUAUCAUGUCCAAAGGAACCCCUUGUACCCAACAGUCGUACAAAGUGAGUGAAUCAUUUCCUUUCAAAUGGAUAAAUAAGAAAUGGAAAGAAGGCUUCCAUGUCACAUCAAUGACUACUGCUGGAAAUCGUUGGGGUGUGGUAAUGUCCAGAAAUUCUGGUUAUUCUGACCAGGUUGUGGAGCUUGAUUUUCUUUAUCCAAGUGAAGGAAUCCAUCGGCGCUGGGAGAGUGGUUACAGGAUAACCUCAGUAGCUGCGACCCCCGACCAAGCUGCCUUUAUAUUGAGUACACCAAAACGUAAAAUAAUGGACGAAACUCAAGAAACAUUGCGGACGUCUGCUUUUCCAAGUACACAUGUAAAGGAGAAGUGGUCGAAAAAUCUCUACAUUGCCUCAAUUUGUUACGGUCGAACCGUUUGUUGACGAGCAAUGGUUGUAUAUUUGUUGAUUUCUGAUAAAAGAAAAGGUAUUCAAUUCCCGAUCUUGAGAGGCUAUGUUUUUGGACUUGGGUUUGCAAUGAAUGGCCUUUCUUUAUUUUACUGAAAGGCCAUGCUUCUCAUACCAUAUGCUUCUGAGCCUCUGUAAGAAAUGCCGUCCAUAACAAUUGAAACAGAGAGCGCUAUUGACCGUGUACCUAGAACCAACAAAUUAGCCAGUGGAGAGACUGAUAGAGUUAUCAAUUGUUUGAUGAAAACUGAUAUGUUAUAAUAUAGUCAAUUGACAAUGAACAGGUGAAGUUGUGCCUCAAAAUUGUCGAAUAGUUACAAUAUUUUUUGGAAUGAAUACAAGGCUGGGAAUCAAAUUGGCUAAUGUUGGUAA